AUGGAGAAGGUAAUAACACCGGUUUAUGUUUUCCAACUACCUCCGAAGGUUGUUUGGGGACUUGGCGACAUAUUAGAUGGAGGAAAUCUGUGGGAAGAGAUUGGUAUGUAGACUUUUGUUGAUUCUUCUUUGAAUUUAGAGUCAUCUCUUAUUUGUUGAACAAUGUUUUCUCUUGGAUUCUAUAUUUUUUUCCUCUUCCUGCCUUUAAUUAUAUUUUUCAGCUAAGGCCAUGCCUGAUAUCAAAGCCAUCGACAUUGAAGCCUGCAGACGGACGGAAAAGCCAACCGAGAGUCUGCUGCGAGUUUGGGGAAGCAAAGGAUAUAAAGUUUUGGACUUGUUUAAAGUUUUCGGCCGUUGUCAAUUCGUCCGGUGUUUAGAUCUCUUAAAGCCUUAUGGUAAGUAAUAUUUAUUACGUUCUUAUGUUCUUAGUUGAUCCCAAGUUCCACAACAUUACGAUGUCCACGGAGAAAUCGGUGUUAUCUCCUCGGUCUACACAACCAAGUGAACCAGUGAAUAGGUUGGAUAAUACCCAGCCAUCUACGGUGUAUUCGAAAAGAGCUCCUAGUCAGAUAGAGCCCUUAUUGCUUAGUGAAGGGUAAGGAAGCGAUUUUAUAUCUAUCUAGUUGAUUUUUCAGCUUGAAUUGUUGAUUUAGUGUGUUACACUUGAGUGCUUUCAGUGAUUCUGUUCAAAGUUCCAAUGAAAUCUUUAGUGGUCUCCAUACAAUUCCAGCAAUUAAAUACGAGGACAUUCAAGACAUGACGGGCAAUUUUGCGGUGGAAAAUGUCUGCGGAAAGGGUGGUUACGGAGUUGUAUACCGAGGAAUGUGGAAGCAUAUGCCGGUGGCUGUAAAGAGGAUUCAAGCGAGGAAAGGAGGGCAAUUAGAGGUUGGUUUAUUUGCUUUCUGUUCGCUUAGUUUGAUUUUUAGCACCAAAAAGAGAGGAUAAGACAGAGUUUGCAAGAACUACGGCAUCUCUCCAAACUUCGGCAUGAUAACAUCUUAUCCCUGUAUGGCUAUUCAAUGGACGGUCCUGAGCCUUGUCUGUUGUAUCAGUUUAUGCCCGGAGGGUCUUUGGAGGAUAGGCUUUUGUGCCGGGUACGCUUAAAAUGGCUCUUCCGUUGUAUUGUAUUACAAUUUUUGGCAUAACUGAUGAAAAACUUUUUCAGAACAACACUCCACCUUUAUCCUGGGAGACAAAGAUGUCGAUAUCGGUCGGAGCCGCGUUGGGACUCCAUUUUCUUCAUACGAUUGGAACGGCCCCGAUCAUUCAUGGAGACGUGAAAUGCGCGAAUAUUUUGUUGGACAAACAUUUGGAACCAAAAUUGGGAGACUUUGGAUUAAGCAGAGAUGGCCAGGUGGAGCUGGAUGCUGAUGAUAAAUCACCAAUGAUUGCGUCACACAUCAAGGGAACCUUGGCUUAUCUGCCGCCGGAGUUUACGAGGAGGUUAGAGAGGUUUUUAUGUUAGUGAUGACUUAUUGAAUUAGUAAUUUUUGUGAUGUAUGAAAAUAUGGUUGCACAUAUAAGAGUAUUUACAGCAAGAUCCUGACCACCAAGUUGGAUGUCUACAGUUUCGGAGUUGUUCUUUUAGAAGUCGCGACAGGUAAUACAUAAUCUUUUCUUUUUGUAAUCAAUUUUUUGUUAGGUAAUGCUGAAUAUUCAUGUCGAAAUUUUAGGCCAACGCGCCUAUUCGGACAACCGAGAACCUCAUGGAUUAGUCAGUUUUGUCGCCAAACGAUGUCAUGAAUUAAGAAGGCGGUCAAACUUUGAAGAGGAGUUGAUAAAAGAACUUGCAGAUAGAAGAGUAGCUGUCACGAGAGAAUGUAAGAUUUUUUUGUUGUGUUUGGACAAUAAUUUUGUUCGAUUUAGCCCCUCAAGAAGCAGUAUUCCGAAAGCUUUUGCAUUGGGGAUCCUUGGCGUCCGUGGAAGAUCGAUUAAAACGACCGGCCUUCUCUGAAAUUGUUGUUGCGUUACAGGAGUGA